AUGGAGCGAAUACUCAGAAGCCUCCUGAGGAUCAAACCGCAGAUCAAGCCACGGACUGCGAUCAAGUAUGUCUGGUUUGCCAGCGGUAUAGGUAGCUCUUACCUGUACUUUCGCUACAAGUUUGCAAUCAUCGAACUCUCCGACGGGCCCUCGAUGUACCCAACCCUCAACCAGCGGGGGGACUGGCUCCUUGUAUCGCGCCAUUACAGGCAUGGAAAAGACGUUCAGGUUGGCGAUAUUGUUCGUUUCCGCCACCCGACUUUCUUAGAAAUGCAAGCCGCCAAGCGAGUCGUGGGAAUGCCCGGAGACUUUGUCUGUAGCGACCCGCCGCUCAGCGAGGACGCGGGGAUAUCUACUAGUAUGAUCCAGGUUCCUACGGGCCACGCAUACGUAUGCGGCGAUAAUCUGCCUGGUCGAGGGAUUCCAGAAUGUAUGGGCCAAUACCCUUAG